CCUUUCUUUAAACAUUGAAGCUCCUCCUUCUCUCUCUCUCUCUCUCCCCCCCUCCCCGUCCCUCCCCGCGCCAUCCACCGGAAGUUCCUUAACUUUUUCUCCAUUUCCCCUUCACAUACGAAUAAAAUACAGUCACUCAAUCACUUCUUAGUCCUUCCAGCUUCUCUAGACUGCGAUCCCAUUAACAAUAUAUAAAAAGAAUUCCAAACAAAACAUCAACCUCCUUUCCCUUUCCCCCUUUUUCUUUAUCAAAAGCAACCCAUUUCGACUCUUCAUCCCAAACUAUACAACGAUGGUAGACGUGGACCGGAGAAUGACCGGCCUUAACCCGGCCCAUAUUGCCGGUUUACGCCGUCUCUCCGCUCGAGCCGCUGCCCCAUCAACUACAACAACACUCCCAGCUCGCAACAGCCUCCUUUCUUUCUCUUCAUUAGCUGAUAAAGUAAUAACCCAUUUGCGCAAUUCUGGUAUCCAAGUCCAGCCCGGUCUUACCGAUUCUGAAUUCGCUCGAUCCGAAGCUGAGUUCGGCUUCGCUUUCCCACCUGACCUCCACGCCGUCCUCUCAGCUGGCCUCCCUGUCGGCGCUGGAUUCCCCGACUGGCGUUCUGCAGGUGCACGCCUCCACCUACGCGCCUCUCUUGACCUUCCUAUCGCUGCUAUUUGCUUCCAAAUUGCACGAAACACUUUAUGGUCGAAAUCUUGGGGCCCGAGACCUUCCGACCCGGAAAAAGCCUUACGGAUCGCUAGAAAUUCGCUUAAAAGAGCCCCUCUUUUGAUUCCCAUUUUUAACCAUUGUUACAUUCCUUGUCAACCAUCAUUAGCGGGUAACCCGAUUUUCUUUGUCGAUGAAAAUCGGAUCUUUUGUUGCGGGUUGGACCUAUCAGACUUUUUUGACCGUGAAUAUCUUUUCCGGAGCUCGAAAUGUGACCCGAUUAUUAUAAAAAAGCAGAAGUCUGUUAGUGAGAAAUCUACUGGUUUAUCCAAUAAUCUCUCGCGGAAGAGUUUGGAUACGGGUCUGGUAAACGGGUCGAGGACACCCAGAUGGGUAGAGUUUUGGAGUGACGCGGUGGUGGACAGGAGGAGGAGGAAUUCAGCAUCGUCUUCGUCGGGAUCUUCGUCGCCGGAACGGUUUUUUGAGAUGCCAAGAUCCGAAAUACCGAGAUGGGUGGGGGAUUAUAUACAGAAAAUCGGGUCGGUUUUGAGAGAAGGCGGGUGGAGGGAGUCCGACAUCGAUGAAAUGGUUCAAGUAUCGGCAUCGGGUUUCUUUGAGGGUGAAAUGGUAAUUUUAGAUAAUCAAGCAAUCCUAGAUGCUUUGCUUUUGAAAGUGGAUCGGUUUUCGGACUCGCUCCGCAAAGCUGGGUGGAGCUCCGAGGAAGUAUCGGAUGCUUUGGGGUUUGAUUUUAGAGCAGAGAAGGAGAGGAAACCGGUGAAAACAUUGUCGCCUGAACUUGUUGAGAAAAUUGGGAAAUUGGCUGAGUCGGUUUCCCGGCGGGGAUUAAAGUGACAUCACAAAUAUCUGCGUGUGUUUUUUAUGUUUUAUUUUUUUCAAGGGUUUCUCGGGGUUGGGUUUUUUUUUUUUUUGUCAGAUAGAAAUGGGAAACUUGAGAAAUUCAUGUAUAUGGGGAAACGAGUUGUACUAUGAAUUGAAGCGAAUGAAAGACUUGCAAGGGAGAAAGGAAAAGGAGAAGUUCCAAUCUCUAUA